GAUUCUACCCCUCCUCCCAACAUGGACGGCGGGGGAGCAGACGGGAACACAGAUGCCUGAAGAAAAGACCUCCGAAUCGAGAAGUUACCUUAAUCUGUCACGGCUCGAUGGAUCACGAGGACAUAACGAAUAAAUAGCUUACUGACCGCUUAUGCUGCAAGUUGACCGCCGAUUAAACAUGGGAACUAUCCAGAAAUAUGACAUACUGAUGUUAAUAGUCUUAAGUAUAAUCAUUGCACUGCCGAUCCAUUGCUUUGGUCAGACGUCUCCACAGAGUACAACGGCUUGUCGUUACGUGAAACGGGAUCAUGCACAGUUCCCAAGUUUGUACAAGUACCACGGACGCGACGUUCCAACAACCGCCAAAUUUUUUAUCUUCACCAAUGACAAAGACACUAACGAAUGUACAAUCAAUACAACACGAUUGAUUAACUUUUAUGAUUUCCCGUCCGAACAGAUCGUAACAGCCAUGUUUGUUUUUGCAUGUAAAGGACCUCUCCAUAUUGUACUUACAAACAUCCACGCAUUACAGGACGCGUUUUACAACGUGAUCGGAUAUUUCCAAGUUCAGGGGUGUUUAUUUGAUAUGAAAAGUCUCCACCAAUUUUCCGAUGCAUUUGAUAUGCGUGUGGUGACUUUUGCCGGAGUUCCGAUAUAUAAUAUCACUGAUACAUCGGCGUCAACCAAACGAGGACUUCUAGGAAAUGCUGUCGCUUUGUCAAUUGAUAAGAAAUCCGACAACAAUAAUGGUGAUAUUUCAGAAUUCUUGGAAGGUGACCACACCUUCCCGGAAAUGAAAGAGGUUUCCUUCCUUCACCUGGAUUGGAGAGAGUUACCGUCUGGUAUGAAACAGAUUUUUCCUUUUCUUGAAUCAUUAGAUAUACAGAACAAUAAUUUUACAAAACCUCCUGACUUGUUUCCCUGGAAUAACGCAAUUUCUCGUCUCCCACGAAAUCUGUCUCGGUCACGUUAUUUUCAAAGUCAGUAUAGUUUAUCACUACAUAUUGAUAUCCAACCAAAUGUUUACCGACGAUUUUAUAAUUUGGAUAACAACAAUAUUGAAACGUUAAGUGAAUACAAGUUUCACGGCACUCUCCAUAUGAUUUCUGUAAACAAUAACAGCCUUUUGGAGGUAGGUGAAGAAUGCUUUCGUAAUGUCACAGAUCUUCAACAUGUUAGUUUAGCUAACAACCUACUUACGUCACUUCCGGGAGGACUUUUCCGUGGCCUCACGUCGCUUCGUCAUUUGGAUAUCAGUAACAAUUUCAUCGAGAAGUUACCGGACGGGAUAUUUGAUGACUCUUCCAAUCUAAUCUACAUCAACUUGGCUUCAAAUAGAAUAUCCUCUCUCGGUAAAGGAUUAUUCUUAAAACUCCUCAGUUUAGAAACGCUGCUUUUAGACAGAAAUAACAUUGCUGUUAUUAACGAAGCAUCUUUCCCGCUUCACUCGAUAUCAUUAAGCCAUAUAGGUCUCAGUAGCAAUCCACUUCGUCAAAUUCCAAAUAUUGCUUUUUACAUCCGAAGUCUGCGACUUAUAGAUCUGAAAAACACAUCUAUCACACUGGCGAAUUCCUCUGGUCUGAUCAAUGAGAUAGACUCUACUUUACUGUUGGAGAGCGUAGUCGAAUCUGCAAGUGAUUCUACGGUAGAUAUAUUCGAACGUCCAAGUCAGUUACGGGAAAUCGAUCUAUCGGAAAAUUCGAUUGAAAGUAUCGAUCUGUCUGGCAAUAUUAGUGAGAGUUGUAAGCUUAAACUUAUCAUUCUUCUCAUACAUUUUCAUUUCAAUCUAAACAACAAUCCACUCAGAUGUGAUUGUGGUAUCAUCCCACUCAUCAACGUAAUUCAGCAAUACACACAUAAUGCUACAAUAACCAGGAACGACUAUUUCUUCCGUGAGUGGACAUGUGUCUCUCCAAAGGCAUUAGAUGGACGGAAGUUACUUAUGGUCAAGAAGGAAGAAACAUAUUGUAGGGUGAAUGUUUCGUCGUGUCCAGUGAACUGUCUCUGUCAUCAGUGGAGUGUGUCACAUAUCAUCAUUGUUGACUGUAGAGACACGGGCAUGAUGUCCCUGCCUCUGCGUCUUCCAGGGGGUGUUCUGGAUCUCUGGUUUCAGAGAAAUAACAUAACGAAGAUCGAGAAAAGACACUACUUCCCACGUGUUCGAACAUUGUCACUAAAUUCAAACCAGAUCAGCCGUAUUGAAGGAAACGCAGUAUUACGGUUAAAUAACGUUGAAAACUUACAUUUGUCCUCCAACAAUCUGAUCGGUCUACCAAAGCAGAUACAAUAUCUCCAGCUGGCCGAACUUUCCAUCACUGACAAUCCAUUCCUGUGUGAUUGCCACUCUCUGUGGAUGAGAACGUGGGUCGAGCGUAAUAAAGACGUUGUAUUGGACUUCACAGCAGUGUCUUGUAACACACAAUUGGGCACAGCAAGACCAAUACUCAAAGUUCCCACCAGCGAGUUUGUGUGUAAACAUGACUUUGACGUCAGAAAACACGUGAUCAUUCCAGCCACUGCAUCAUGUGUCUCUGUUAGCCUCAUUCUUCUCGUCGUCGCUCUUGUCUGUAUUUAUAGACUGGAAGUGAAAGUAUUCCUCUACAUUUAUCUUGGUGUCCGUCCGUUUGAUAGGGAAAAUAGACAAGUAAACAAACCUAUUGAUCUGGUCGUUAUUCAUUCGCCUCAAACUCAAGCAUGGGUGACAGAUAAUGUAUCACCACUGGCAGCGAGAAAAAACCUACCCAAUUUUCACAUUUUUUCUAUUUGUGCUGAUUGUGUGGCCGGAUUUUCCUUCCAAGAUAACAUUGCUAGUCUUGUGGAACACGCACGCAAGGUUCUGAUCGUCCUAUCAAAAGACUUUCUGGACGACAACAAACUUCAAAUGGCAUGGACAGAGAUUAAAAAGGAAAUACCUGAUAGUGGUACAGGGUUUAUACAGUUUGUAACGGACGAUGUGCUGGCUGCUGAUCUGCCAGAUCCCGAGAUGAUUCGAGUAAUGAAACACACACGCUACCUCAGUAUUAACGAACGGUUUAUGAAAAAUAAGUUGUAUUAUUAUAUGCCUUUAAGCAAGACAUAUGGAGAGACUCCUUCACGGCCGAUGUUACAAAGGUUGCUUGAGAAAAGAAACAAAAACCUAGAAUGUAUAAACAGUAGCAAUAUUUCAAUAUUUCUGAGUUACUCUGAAGAUAUUUUAACUUUCAUUAUCACCUCAUUGUGCCCACAGCUACAGAAUUGUGGAUAUUCAUUGUGUUUACCCGAUAAAGACUUCACCCUCGGCGCAGCAAAGGAAGAAAACAUACUACAAGCUGUGACUAACUCACAACACACGCUCUUUAUUGUGUCAGGAAACACAUUUGUGGACGAGUGGUCCUUGUUUACUUUUCGUGCGGCUGCGCAGAGGUCCCUUAGAGAGAAAUAUAACCAUCUUAUUGUCGUGUUAACGCAUAGUGUGAAAGCAGACUCGGUUCGAGAUGAGGAACUCCGUCAUUAUCUCAAAUUGCAUGUGUCGCUAAGUUUGGACGAUGAAAAUUUCUUGCGAAAGCUUAGAUUUUCUGUACGACAAGUCCAGAGUAGUGCCCAUCAAGUCAAUGGUGACUUACUGAUAGCUACAAACAAUGAUAUAGCUCUCACUAAUGUAGUGUUAAAUGUGUGAUGACUUAAUUUCACUGACUUUACGAGGAUUAUGUGUCUCAUAGUAUUAUGUUUGUAAAGUUUCGUUCACUCAAUUCAUACAUACACAACAUUAUUACGCUCCAGUUUUAGCAUUAAGGAAUUAAAACUAAAUUCGUAUUCGUAA